CUAUACAAAUAUAUAUUACUUACCAGAGAGAGGUAAAUGUCAAAUUUCAUAUAGCUUAUGUUAAUCUAUAUAUAUUAUUAUAGCAAAAAAAAUCUAUAUAUUUGUAUACCUACAUCUACUAGUUAGUUCAAUAUCACAUAGAAUCAAUUGAACUCCAUUGAGUCAUCAUGGGACGAUCUCAAGAACAGGGACAGGGCCAGGGUCCGGUAUACAACAUCCGGUUAUCGACAGUGGGAGCAACUCGACCGAGUAAGACUGGUGCGACCCGCGAACCAACCGGCUUAGACCUAGCCAUGAAGCUCCACUACCUCAAGGCGGCUUACAUUUACUCGUCCGAGACGGCACGUGACUUGACCGUGAAACACGUGAAAGAGGCUAUGUUCAUGCUGUUCGACCAGAUCGCCUGGACCACCGGAAGGUUCUGGCGGAGAGACUCGGGCCGUCCGUACAUCAAGUGCAACGACAGUGGCACGCGUUUCGUGGAAGGUCAAUGCAAUCUCACGGUGGAAGAGUGGCUCAGUAAACCGGACCGGUCAAUUGAUGAGGUUCUGGUUUACCAUCAGCCCAUUGGACCGGAGUUGUCUUUCUCCCCUUUGAUCUAUGUUCAGAUGACCCGGUUUAAGUGCGGAGGAUUAGCUUUGGGCCUAAACUGGGCACAUAUCAUGGGAGAUUCAUUCUCUUUGCUCUAUGCUUUCAACUUCUGGGCUAAAGCCAUGUCAGGGGAGAAGAUCUACACUCUAGAAACCUCUGACGGAAUCAGAAGGUUUCGUAGCCCAAACCUUACGGUUAAGGCCCCGGUUUCAAUCAAACGGGUCGACCCGGUUGGAGAUCUCUGGAUCACUCCAAACAACAAGAAAAUGGCAAAAUUCUCUUUCAAUCUCUCAGUCGCCGACCAGGUAUCACCACAUUUUCCGGCGUACGGAGACGAUCAAACUCAGGUGUUCGAGAUUCUCGCCGGAAUCAUAUGGAAAUGCAUAGCUAAGGUUAGGGAAGAGCCAGAGCCAUUGAUUGUUACGAUCAUCAGAAAGGAUCCGAACAUGCUGAAACCUAAAGGGAUUCGAAAUAGUCAGGUGAUAAGCUCCGUCCACGUGGAUUUUCCGGUGGGUGAAGCGACGGUGGAGGAGUUGGUAAAGCGUAUCGCGGAAGCGACGGACGAGAGAUGUGGAAUCGACGAGAUCGGGGAGAGUUGUGAUGGGAAUUUGGAUUUUGUUGUUUACGGAGCGAAAUUGACGUUCGUGGAUCUGAGCGAAUUGGGAUUUUAUGAGGCGAGAGUGAUGGGGAAGUCGCCGGAAUCGGUGUACUAUAAUGUUGAAGGGGUAGGGGAGGAGGGGUUGGUGGUUGUUUUUCCGGCGAAGAAUUCGGAGGAGAGGGUUGUGACGAUGACGUUGCCGGAGGAGGAGAUGGAGAGUGUAAAAUUGGAAUUUAAGAACUGUGGUUUGAUCGCGCCGUGAGAAUCAACGGUUAAUAAGUAGUAAAACGUCUAGAGAUGAAAGAUGAAUUGUGUUCUUUUUUUUAUGUGUGUUUUUGGAAAUAUGAUUUAGCUUUGUGUGCUGCUGAAGUAUCAGUUAAAGCUAUUGUAUAAUCCGGAUAUUCGGUGCUAAAUCCAAAAAACAAAAAUCAGUUAAGUGACGAUUGUGAAUUGUAACGUUGUUGUAAAGUUAAAUAAUUCAAUUAACUAAAGUAUUUUGGCUUUA